AUGGUUCACACCGGUACCCAGGAUGACUCGUUUCAGCUUUACGAUCUUCGUAUCGAAGUCGUAUGUCCCCCAGGCAAACGAAUCAUGUGUGGAGCAAAAGAAGGGGAUUACUUUACUCUCCAAGGAGAAAUGAUCUAUCUACCACCAAACCAGGGUAUCAGUAUAUAUUCACUGGCCACCGUUAUCCCACUCCUUCCUGCAAAACAAAGAGUCACAUCUCCCAACGACUGGAUGACAACCGAUGCGUUAAUAGCGUGUCCAGAUCCAAAUUGCCCUUCCCAGCUGAAAAUUAUCAGGGAGGGCAUUCGCACUUUCAGUCAUUCGGAAACAACUGUAGUUCCGCUACAUCAUUGA